AUGCCAUCUGUAACAGAUCUUCAACAACAAUCGUCGAAAAUCUCAUCAAGUAAUAGUGGAAAAUCAACACCACCACCACAACAAAUAAGUUCAAUGUCAACGGGAAAUACAACUGAUACUACAAAUGCUGAUCCAAUAACUCAAGUUAUGCUUAUGUUGGAAAAAAAACAAAGAAAUCUAGGCAAAAGAAAAGAAAAACUUGAAAGUUAUGAAGAAGAAGCAAAGGCUGGUAAAGAACUUAAUAAAGAUCAAAAGGAUGCAUUGGCUAAAUAUAGUGAAGUUCUUGGGCAAAUUGAAUGUGUCAAAGAUAUUUCUGAACAAUUAAAAAAAAUACAAACUGAGGCAACUAAAAGUCAAAAACGUCUUCAUAAACAAGCAGCUGAAGAAAAACGAUUAUUAGUAGCUCAACGUCUUCGUGAAUAUGCUCAACUUCGUUAUUUACUUGAUCAUCGACCAACAUCAUUAAAACCUGAAGAAUCAUCAUUAUUAGAUGAACUUGCUCGUGUUGUUAUCCCAUGUGAUGUAUCAUUAAAUACAAUAACUCGUUGUGUUGAUACAGUAUUAUCAAUAUAUCAAGGUGGUCCAUUAUCAUCAACAAUUAAAAAUUUAACUGGUCGAACAUCACAUGAAUUACGAGAUAUACUUGAACAAUUAAUUAAGCAAUGUGAAUCAUCAUCUUCUUCAAAUGAUACAUCAACAAAUCAACAAACAUUAUUUAUUGAAACAGCUAAACAAACGCCUCUUAUUGUUGAUAAUCAAUCAACAACAUCUGAUUCUGUACUUCCUCAACGAGAACAACAUAAACAACAACAACAACAAUCGAACGAUAAUAAUGAUGUAAUUGGUUCAACAUUAAGUCAUACUCAUUUAAUUCAAACAAAUCCAAAUGAAUAUCCAUUACAAUUUGAUACACGAAAUCAAAAUAUUCCACUUCAACAAAUUAUUGAAGAUUCAACUUUUUUUCCUAUUGAUCCAGCAACAACAAAUAUUAAUCAACAUGUUAAACAAGAUUCAUCAAAUAAUCAAGAUAAUACACUAAUACAAACAAAUGAUUCACAAAAAAUUUUACCAACAUUUAAUGUUAUUAAUUCAAAUUUGACCGGUCAAACUUCUUCUCAAGGAUAUACGCAAACAACAACUCAACAACAAGGAAAUGAUUAUGAUCAAGAAACUUCAUCGAAUGUUAUUAGUUCAAGUAAUGUUCCACCUGAUGAACAACAAUCCGAAGAACAAUGGCAUCAACCUCGUGGUAAUACACAUCGUGGUGGACAAUUUAAUGGAAAUCAAAAUAGAAAUUAUUAUCGAGGUGGACAACAUAAUUAUAAUCAACAACAUUGGCGAGGAUCAUCACGUGGUGGUAGUCAUUAUGAUGGUUCCUAUGGUAGUGGACAACGACAGUAUAAUGACAACAAUACUCGUGGUGGAAGUGGACACCGAGGUGGACCUAACCCUAAUUAUCGAGGUAAUCGUGGUGGUAAUUAUCGUGGUGGUUAUCGAGGUGGAAAUGCUAAUGGACACCAAAAAGGUUCUCAACAUCAACAAAAUACCGAACAACAACAACAAGUUCGUUCAGCUCCACCAAGUCAACAUUAA